UCACGUUCAAGUUCAAAUACGAUUUCUUCCAGGUCGUAUGGUAAAAAAGGCACUGCACUUAUGGGGAACUGGGAAAGCACGGGAAAGUUGUAGUAGGUGUAGGAGUUGUUGUAGGAGUUUAGAUGAAAGGGUAGGCGCCCAAGUUCUCAACUGCAUCCAAAACUUGAUAGACCCUAAAAAUACAUGUGUGCGCGAAAAAUCGCGAGACUCGUCACAGAGCCAAAAGUUUUUCGUAUUUCGUCUAAAGUACCAUUUCGGUUGACUACAUUAGGAAUAUUGUUUUUAUUUUUCAGCGAACUCAAAUUGUAACGCGAAAAUAGGGGGAUGGGCGAGAGGGAGUUAUUCCAGAUCUUCCCCCUGGGUCUCCGAUUCGUUGCAAUAGGACAUAUAGUGGGGUCAAAGUUGCUUAGAUAGAUUGCCCUUAGAAUACUUGGUGAUCAUGACAUCAGAUUUCAUGUCUGAUGACAUCGUAUAUCCAUCAUACCGGAACUGCCAUCUUGGAAAUCACUACAUGUAUUUUGUCUUUCUUUCAGUGUCACCAACAACACGCUUAAAUUAUCUUGGAAGUGCUGCAACGGCUGAUGUGUCAACAAGGUCAACACUUGGCUUCACUGGAACUACAGGGUCUACCGCCACGCCUUAUGGUUGGUAUGCUGGUCAACAUGGUAGGUCUUGUAAGCACAUACGGGAUUCAGGGGGCUCUAGAGGAGACGAGGAGUACUGGAUCGACCCCGAGAGGAGUGGAAACCCUUUAAAGGUCUUCUGUGACAUGACAACUGACGGAGGAGGCUGGCUUCUUGUCUCCAACUUUGUAGCGGACAGCUCAUCCUCAAUGAACUUGUCAUUAGAGACAACAUACCGAGGAAUUGGAAACUAUCACAACAACAAAACAUUUCUGAAGAAAAACGCCAUGAAUGAGCUCAGAACACACCUGUCUUUUGCUCAGCUGCGAUUCUACUGCAGUAAACAACACGGACUGCGUACGUUCCACGUGACCACGGUCGCUAACAGCACUGGUGAAGCUGUAGUCCAGUACUUCAGCGGUCAGACGGAUGUCCAGCCUGAAGCUUGUGGCUCGUUUGUUAGGAUGGAAAAUGACAACUCGGGACUGGCAGGAGUUUGUAAUAACUGGGGAUUUCAGGAUAAUGCAUAUAACGUUGGUAAAUGGGGGCAUGCUAAAAAUCAAGAUAGAUUGUACAACCAUGCGGCUUUUGCAGUAGGUUUAUAUCACUGGCUGCUGGAUCCAGGUCACUCAAGAUGGGAAUGUGAUGACUUUCAGGCUGGAGUGUCUUCUGGUGAUUUCUGGAAAGUCUUUGUUCGUUAAGCCCUUGGAAUACUUAUCCCCAAAGUACGUCUGCUCAUCUAUGCCCAAAUAAGGAAAAAACAAAAGUUUAACCCCGAAUAUUUGUUCUGCACGUUUCAAGCACUUCCGCAUUUUAGAUGGACUAGAUUUCUAGUAAUAACGUUUGUAAUCAACUGCUCCAAGUAAACAUAGUGUGACGAUCUUCGGAGCGGGAAAUGGAAAAGGAACUUCAUGAUGGUAAACGAACACAACUUGGGGAAAAUCAAAUUUUCAAAACUUUAUGGUAGCCCUGAACCCUAUGUACAGAACUUUU